AUGCAAAACGGGUUUCUAAAAUAUGAUGAAUGGAAUGAUCUAAUCUGGAUAUACAACUCCAUCUCACCUUCUGUAACAUAUAACAUAUCAGGAUCUUUAAUUGGUUUAAACCAUGAAGACAAGACUAUAAAACAUAUACAUAGCUUGAAAACAAACAGCGACGCCUACAAUAUCGUAGAUGAUUAUAAUUGUUAUUGCGGAUGUUACGAUAACACAAUUAACUCACUGGGUGUUUACGAGGAGUAUCUGUUGGUAGGUAAAUCUAAGGAUUUGUAUGUGGUUUCUAAGGACGGAUACAGAGUUAUGAAAGUGCUGUGUUCAUCAGCUAAAGAAGAAAUAACAUUAGCAAAUACGAUGCAUAUUUCCUGUGCCGUAUUCCCAACGACCAAAAAUGACCCAAAAAUUGUACUUUCAAACAACUCAGACGAGUUGUAUUUUAUUGAUGCGUGUAAAGGACAAAUCAAGUCUAAAUUAAAUGCACAAAUCGAAAACUCAAUGGAAUACAGAGAUAAGAUAACAUCAAUUUCAGACUUCAUGUCAAACCAGUCGAACAGCUCGUGCUAUUAUUCAUAUCAGCCUGAGUAUCCAACAUACGAAUCACCAGAUUAUUCAAGUGUUCAAUAUCCCACAGAAUAUAAAAAUCAGGAUUCAAAGUAUGGACAAUACACCCCAAGCACCUCAAACGACUCGCCAUCAUUUGGAGAAAAACAAACGUUCAGUUUUAGUUCCAUCGCUGAAAAGUACGGAGAUAUUAACUCAAUACCGGAAUUCGUACCAUCAAGUUAUUCAUUUACACAUGAAACAAAUGAAAAUGCAUAUGAACACAAUAACAAUUCUAACGAAUACUACACUUCAAACUCAUUUGGGUAUAAAUCUGCUAAUAGCUACGGAACAUUUGGUACGGGAUAUAAUUACCAAAACAUGCCUUCAACUAAGGAAUAUGUCGAGAGGGAAAAUGGAUCUAUAACCUUGGAGUGGAUACUGAGUGAGAUGAAGCCGUCUAUUAUGCUCCAAAAUGAUUUUGUAGACUCGACUUGUAUAGGAACAUGUUCAGGGAUUUUACACAUAGUCGAUAACAGAAUUAACAAGAUAGUUUCCUCAGUGUGUUCACACAGUAACCCAGUUUACUCAAUUUCAGCCUCCAACAACACGAUAGCAACUACUUCCUGCACAUUGUAUCCGUGCCAAAACACAUGCACAUACCCAUACAACACCCAAAGCUCCUAUAACUCAGGUUUCAUGACACUUUUCGACCCAGUGCUCUGCCUCUACGACAUAAGAAUGAUGAAGAGCUUUAGCAUGGUCUUCCACAGACCACUCUCUAACCUUUUCAUAGUGCCGAAAAGCGAUAGGCUAUUCGCAAUGUCACCCGACGGGAAAAUCUUUGAUUUCAAAAUCAGUACUUUGGAGUAUAAAAUGGCGUUAGAACCAACUACUGGUUCAGGAUUUCAGUAUGGUUUAGAAGUGGUAGGUAACUUAUCGGGUGACAGUUUGGAAGUGUUUGUUAGUGAUUCAACUUACAAUUUUGAGUCUUUAAAAUUACCAAACGAACUGAAAGAGGAUUUUGGAUACAGUAGCGAGAAGUUGCCGAGGAAUUUGUCAGAAAUCCCAAUAUCGGAAAACAGAGAAUACAAUAACACGCCAUUCGCCUCAAUGGUUGGGACCUUUGAAGGAGAUGUCGCACACACAUUCGUGCAAAUGUUCUUUUUCCUGCCCAAACUGUCCUCAAUCCAGUACCACAUUUGCGAACUAUCCAACUGCAUAACGUGCCAAAUAGGGUUUGGACUCCACAACCUUCAAGUAUAUUACGACAACAAUAAGGAAACAAGUAAAGACACCACUGAUAGUAAAAUAAGGAAGUUCUCAAACAACCUGCUAUAUGUAACACAGCUGCAAGAACUCAUGCUGAUUGAAAACGAACCGACGCUGAAGACACCAAUACACCUGUUUCUAUGGGUGCUAGAAAAGAUGAGUAACGAGAUGUACAACUACUACAACAAAAAUAAUCUAAAGGUGACAACCAGCCUGAUAAAGGACCUGUUUUCAUUCUCCAAGAAGACAAUUAGUAGAUGCCGUAACUAUGACCACGUGAACGUGGUUGUUAAUGUGGGAAACUAUUGUGUAGACUAUUCUGAAAGUAGUGAAACACCCAAAAAUAAUAGGACUGUAUCAAAUAACACUUCAUUUGAUUACUGUAAGGAGUGCAACAAGGUAGUUGAAUGUGUAAUAGAAAUAGAGUAUUUGAGCAGUCCCAACUUACUGCUCAUCGACUUCAUCAACUACAGAGUUGAGAACAUUCCCAGAGAAUUGGUCUUCAAUGACCACAAGUACAACCUCGAGUGCUUCUACUUCACACUACCAGCAGAGAAUCUUCACUACAGGUCAUUGGCAUGCAUCAAAUUACCACAAAAUUUUAAGACUGAAGAUUAUAAUUGGAUUCUAAUCAAUGAUGGUAUUGUAAUGUAUGUUGAUGAAGACGAUGAUGUGUUCAACUUUACUAAAAAUUGCAAAAUUCUGCUCUUCGCAAUUUACUCCAAGGCUAGCACAGAAGAAAGUGGUGAGGACAAAAAUCAUAAUGAAAACUUUGUUGGGAUAGAAGAAAUAAUACCCUGCGCAAAUGUAGAAAAUAACAUAGUUUCAAUCAAGAACAGAUUAGUUCCGUUACCCUAUCCCACCAAGAAGAUCCCGGUGCCACCUUAUGUCCUGCUCUCUGAACAUAACAUUGCUCAUAAUCCUCUGGCUCAUAAUAAAAUAAAAACCUUCACUCCAAUAUCAAUCCACGAGUUAAAUCUGAUUCAGGAGUCGAAUUUCAUGUUUGCGCUGGACAUUGAGUAUGUCAAAACUGACUUGAAGAACACCCCUGUCAAUGACAGCUCAAAUGAGAAAUCUUCAUUUAUUGUUAAUGAGGAUGAGAACAAUUACUUGUACUCUCUGGCAAGGGUUACUGCAAUUAGAGCAAAUGAUGAUAAUUUGCAUGGAGUGCCUUUUUUGGAUCACUACAUUUUAAACAAUAAACCUCCCAAGGAUUACAACACCAGGUUUUCUGGCAUCCGUUCCGGUGAUUUGGAGCUCAAGUCUUCUCUACACUGGCUCACAACUCACAAACUCAUUUACUUGAAGCUGAGGUACCUUAUUGAUAAUGGCUGUAAGGUUAUUGGUCAUGGUCUUGAGCAGGACCUUCGGAUUUUGAACAUUUGUGUUCCCAGUGGCUGUGUGAUUGACACUCUGGAGCUUUUCUGGAUUCCUGGUAAGCGGUACAUGUCUCUUCAGUUUCUGUCCUAUCACAUUUUGAACCAGAAGAUCCAGGUUUCUGAGCACAACUCCAUUGAGGACGCCAAGACAUCACUUCAUCUUUACAAGUAA